GUCGACCGUUUAUCAACCUUUUUUAAUAGAAGAACGUACCACAAAAACAAAAACAAAUUCCAUUCGUGUGAGAUGAAUUUCGAUGCUACGAAAUUCCCUGAAUUGCGUGAAAGAAAACUUGACAAUGGCUUAGUUGAAGAAUGUAUAAAUUACAACUAUGAUUCGUUUUCGACGACAAGUACAAACUACAGUUGUUCCACCAUAUCCUGCAGCAUUAAUGACAACGAACUUUACAUAGAAAACAAUCAUGGAUAUUCAUCUCACAGUUGGGAAAAUGUAGCUGUAGCUGCACCGAGUGUUAAUAUCGGAAGUAUUACGGUACAGAAUGGAACCGACGUUACAUUCGGAAAUAAAAUUGUUUUCAAUACGCCGGUAGAAAUAAAUCACUUGGUUGUCAAUUAUGGAGAGCCAAAUGUAGACGCGCUUAAAAAUAGGAAUAAAACUGCAGAACGGAAAUUGGCAUGGAAAGCUAGAGCACAAUAUUACUAUAGUAAUCAUCCAUGCAAGGUGUAUUCGAUUAUCUCAGCUAUUGCGGUCAUGGUAGCAGCGUUCCUUAUAUUAGUCGGAUAUUAUUUCGAUCCUUUCGAAAAUAAGACAAUGUGUGAGGAAUUAACUUCGAACCCAUCGUUCUAUGCGUGUGGAUUCGCGAAGGCAUGUACUCGAUGCAAAGCCAUGUUUUCACACAAGGAAAUUUGUCGGUCUCAUUACGAUGAUAGUUGCGGCGACUUGCGAUGUUUUUGCAAACCUCGUUGUACACCAGAAGAUUGCCAGACUUAAGUGAUAGUGACAUCAGUGGUAAUUUGAGAACAUUAACACAUUUAUAUGGAAUUUUUUUGGUGUGAUGCUUAGAAAUAAAGUUUU